CUCGGGCGGGGCCGGGGCACCGCGGAGGCCUGCGGCCAGGGAAGGCGGAAGGACUGGGCAAGCCCCGCAUCCGAGCGCUGAGCGGCUCCCCCUCGCGCUGCGGCCGGACCCGCGGAGCCCGCGCCCCGACCCGAGCCGCCGGCGCCAUGGGCUCGGCGCUGCUGUGGUUCUGCAACUGGAGCACCCUGGGCGUGUGCGCGGCGCUCAAGCUGCCGCAGAUCUCCGCCCUGCUGGCGGCGCGCAGCGCGCGGGGCCUCAGCCUCCCGAGUCUGCUGCUGGAGCUGGCGGGGUUCCUGGUGUUCCUCCGGUACCAGGUUUACUACGAGUACCCGCUGCUGACCUACCUGGAGUACCCCAUUCUCAUCGCACAAGAUUUCAUCCUGCUGCUCUGCGUGUUCCGUUUCAACGGGAACGUGUACCGGGCGGCGCCCUACAUCGCCCUGUUUGUGGCGUCCUGGUUCCUCCUCUCCCUGCGGAAGUGGAUCAUGGACCUGGCCAUGAACCUGUGCACCCUCCUCAGCGCCGCCAGCAAGUUCGCGCAGCUGCAGUGCCUGUGGGCGGCCCGGGACGCGGGGGCCGUGAGCGCGCUCACCUGGGGCCUGGCCGCCUACACCAGCGCCACAAGAAUAAUAACCACCUUAAUGACCACCAAUGACCUUACAAUCCUUGUCCGUUUUGUGAUCAUGCUGGCUUUAAACCUGUGGGUGACGGCGACCGUACUCCGCUACCGGAAGACGGGGGUAAAGGCUGAAUGAUGGAUGCGUAAUUCUGACACACAGAGUGGAUUUUGAGCAACCGAACCAAAGGAAAGAAGAGCUCAUUGCUAAAUUGAGGUCUUUUAUAAACUAGUCAAUCGUUUCUGAAACUCUGGAGCCAAAGGUAUUUUAGACUUGAGCCAUUCAAACACGUGUUUAAAAAUGAUCCCCUCCCCCCACUUUACUAGGUCAAGUUGGGACUGACAUCUGCAGUGUUGAGGUUGGUGGUUAAUGGAAACCAUCCAAGAACCACUGUGAGAUUGCUUUGCCUCUUCAAAGUCAUGAUUAAGUUCUCUCCAAAGAGCUGACUACAUCUAUUUUUCAGCUUUCAGAAUCUUUUAAGAAAUAAGUCCUCUCCACAGCACAAAUGAGCGUUCAGUGGGGUUCUGCUGGGUCAGAAGAAGAGUUGUAAUCAAUUACUAGGGGUUCCCUUUCUGGGACUAGUGUCCAAUUGCAGCAGAUAUGACAGGAUGGCUUUGUUGUAUCAUAACACAGUAUAAUACCCGCUUAGGCAUCACAAGUCUAUCAGGGCAAGCAGAAAUGUAACUGGCUUGAAUUCAUAUGCCAAUGCAGUCCUUUAACUUCAUACUGUGCCUUUAAGUAAUUCCUAACAAAAUGUGCUAUUGGAUGCAAUCUCUGUGAUGAAGCCAUUCAUGUUCUGAUUUAAGAUAAGCACAAUGCUGCCUUUUUUAACAACUGCUUUUGAGAUAUAUAUAUAUACUAGUACUUAUACACACACACACACACACACACAUAUACAUACAUACAUAUAUUAUUGAUUCCGGAGAGGGAGCUAUAGAAACAUCAAAAAUGAGAAAGAAUCAUUUCAUUGAUUGGCUGCCUCCUGCAUACCUCCCUCUGGGGAUCAAGCCUGCAAGCCGGGCAUGUGCCCUGACCAGAAGUCGAACAGUGACCUCCUGGUUCAUAGAACAAUGCUCAAGCACUGAGUCACACUGGCCAGGCAAUGCUGCCGUUUUCAUAGGGGCCACAGCCAUGCAAUUAACCAUUCUUAGAAUUUGGUACAAAACACAGCUUAUCUCGACCAGGUUUUGUGUAUUGAAAAUAUAUGUAGUAAAGAGUAUUGCUGAGUUCUGGAAAUUCUUAUGGAUUUUAUUCUCAUUACAGUAUCAUAUUCUAAACAUGACAAGAUUAUUAUUGUACAUGGUAUUUUUCUAUAAAAGUUUAUAAAGCUUAACACUUAAAAAAACUCUUUUCCCCUUAUAACUGAAUGGCAUUAUUUUGGUGUGUAUAUACAUAUAUGUAGUAAGUAAAUGAUACUUAUUAGAUGUUUUGGUUUCCUGUGUAAAAUAAACUUUUAAAUUUUGAACUCUG